UAGCCCAUUCAGAGAGGUGUUGGCUCGGCGACACAAUCAAGAAUACAAAGAAAAGGGGACCAUGGCUGAAAUAUCGCUGUAUCUCACCAAUGUCAAUGUAUCUUUGGCCCAAAACAUGGAUUUAGAUAAGGAGCCUGUUUGUCUGACCCAGAGCCCAAACACAGGUAAGGACUUUGAGAGUGUGGAGCUGGGGGACCUGGAGAGGAGAGAUGGAGAGCAGAAGGAGAAGGCGCCUCGCAGGAUAAUUCACUUCUCCAGUGGAGAGACCAUGGAGGAGUACAGCACCGAUGACGAAGAGGGGGAAGAGAAGGAGCCAGAGAAGAAAGAUCUGUUGAAACCUGUAGAUGCUUCUCAGAUGACCUGGGGCCCAUACUUCUGGUUCCACAUGUGGAGGGCGGCCACCUCCACCAUUUCAGCUUGUGACUACGUAGGAGAGAGGAUGGCCUCCCUUUUUGGGAUCACGUCGGCAAAAUAUCAGUACGCCAUCGAUGAGUACUACAGGAUGAAGAAAGAGAAAGAGGAAGACGAGGCAGACAGUCGUCUGUCUGAGGAAGCCGAGCGAUACUUUGACGAGCUGGGGUGUCACGACAACCAGGAUGAACCAAUAACAGGCCAGUCUGAGGUCACCGCCCCCUCUUCCAGCGUCUCUUACGAGGUUGAGAAUGAUCCGGAAGCCACACCAACUGUCAUCCGAGUACCAGCUAUUGUCACGACAACCUAACCAAUCCCUUAAGCUGUUUGUUAAUUCAGUUAUAUGAUUACCUGGUUUGUUUUGAGUUGUCAAGGAGGAUCACUAAUGUGUGUCUUUCAGAGCACUUGAUCUUGGUUGGAGGGACUCAACAGUUGAAGAAAAGCAAUGUAUUUCAGUUACGUUGUGGGGGCAGUUUCAUAGAUUUAUGCUACUUUGCUGGAAGCUAAAGAGUCCAUUCUCAGUGGCCUUACUGCUCUUAACUCCUACAGAGUUUGAAUAUUCUCACCCUGACACCUCCGACUGAGUCAAAAGCCUAGUAGCCUAAACAUUAAUGCACUUGAACACAGAUAGCACUUGCUGCCCUGUUGAACUGCUUUAUUGAACACUAAUAUGCCACUUUGUCACUUCAUUUUAAUGUAAGUGUGUUUAAAAUCAUGUAGAGCACUGAACAUCAUUAGAAUUUGUCUUUGUGGAAGCAGACACCGUGUAGCCUUACCUGUUUAUACAGAAACACCUGGGCAGGGCUUGAGGCUUCCAGCCAUCCGUUCUCAACACAAGUGGAAGUAUGUUAAAUAAGAAAACACGUUUUUUUUACUUAUGUUUCAUUUAAUUUCAGUAUUGCCAGUGGUAUGUUUGAGUCAAGAGUGUGCAACCCUUCAGAAAUGAAAGGGAAUUUAAAUAACCCCUCGUUUCCCCCCCCCCAAAGGAAUCUCCAGAGAAGUACAUUCUCAUAGGAAUACACAAACUCACAUUAAUGUUGAAAACCCUUUUUGAUAUUCAUGUAUUUAUUUUCCUCGUACUGACUGAGCACUUUUUCAUUAACUUAUUUCAGAGUUUUAGUAUGUGAUAACAUCCUAAUGAACUGUUUACCAAUGAACUGUUUACCAAUAAACAGUUAUCAUUCAA